AUGAAGAAAGCAGUUGCACAGGUCAUAUUCGGUGAUAAAACCACCUUCAUACCGUAUAAUAAGGCAAUAACCCUAAAGAGAUUUAUAAAAUACGUUAUAACUGGCAUAACUAACACCUUUGACUCUAAGACCCCCAUAGAACCCCAUGACAUUGACCUAAAGGACUACGAGGAAUUUAAAUUCUACGUCCAGGACACGGGCAACAGAAAGAUCUUCUUGAAUUGCAAGGAGAGACAAAAGGACUUUGAAUUUCUGAAAAAAUUCUUCAUGUACAGAUUGGUCGUGCAUGUAUAUAUACAGGGCCAAGACUUAUAG